AUGCACAGGGUUCCUUUUUAUUAUCCAAUGAAGACCAUAUUUCUUCUCUACCUCGCUCUUCCGCAGACCCGUGGUUCGUCCUAUAUCUACGUCAACCACCUUCAGCCCUUCUUCCACUCGCAUGAGUCGCAAAUCGAUGCGACGCUUGCUUCCUUCAAAGCCCGCGUCUACAGCUUCGUUCAGGAACGUUUCCGUGCUAUUUGGGAUCACGUCGCAGCAGCCAUCGGCCAGCAGCAAGCAGCGAGUUUUACCCCCUCUGGUGGAGAAACCAGAACCGGCGCACCUCCCUCUUUGGGCGACCCUAUUUCCGGACCCUCGCAACUAGUGUCAGGUCUUUGGCGGUCAUAUGGUCCAAGCAUUGUCGCUUCUGGCGCUGCGUUAAUGCGUCAAAGUACUGCUGCAGCAGGGAGUAUGGCUGCGGAUCGCGCAUGGCAGUCGUUUACAAACUCACCCGCGGGCCGUCCAGCCGCACCCCCUCGCGAAGUCUCCUCGCAGUCCGCGCAUGACAGGCGACGCCAACUAGAGGCUGAGCUCGCCUUUCUGUCGGAGCGAGACACCACAGCCGGUACCAGUGCUGUCGCUGUCCCACCAUUGCCCAUCCCUCCUCCGUCUGGGUCGUAUCAGGCGUCGAGGACGUCGUCAGAGUCAGACUUGCGUGAGCGUGGUACGGGCAAAUUUGAGGAGAUUGAUAUCCCGAGCGACGUGGAGGGAUACGAUGUCGAUGGAAAUACGACUGACCGGGGCCGUAAGGUGAGGCCUGGAGCAAAGAAGAAUCCCAGCUGGUUCGGAGGCUGGGGUGGCUCCGGAACAGAGAAAGAAGGCUACGAGAGGGUCAAAACGGAGUAGAGAAUUCGUGUUUGGCAUCAGGACUUAUUGACGGAACUGAGUGAUGCGGUAAAGUAGUUUGACAGCAAGUAUAUAGGUUUAUAUUGUAUUUCGAUAGAUUAUUACUGCUUUUUCACGGAUGUAAGUAUGGUAUGGGAGUGCAGUGGCGUGUGUAUCUGCCCAAUGGUAGAAGCGAUCCCAAUCAGGCUACAGGAUGU